ACAAUGAGCUCAACACAGAAGGACCAACAUGGAGCAAGAAGUCAGCGCUCUCAGGAGGCCGACAAACCUCACAGAAGAAAGAGAGAGAAAACAUACACCUGUGACGAGUGUGGGAAGGAUUUUACUUUGAAGACUUCACUGAAGCAGCAUCAGCUGAUCCACACGGGAGAGAGACCGUUCAGCUGUGACUUGUGUGGAAAGACUUUUUCCUGGAAGGGUUCCCUAAAAAGACACCAACUCAUCCACAGUGGAGUUAAAGCGUACAGCUGUGAUCAGUGUGGCAGAGCUUUUACUCAAAGUGGCCAAUUACAGAAGCAUCUAGUUACCCACUCUGGAAUUAAAGCAUACAGCUGUGACAUUUGUGGAAAAACCUUCAACCGGAUAGGGAACCGAAAUAGACACCUACGCAUUCACACCGGACAUGUGUACUGCUGUGAUCAGUGUGGCAAACAGUUUAUAACAGACAAACAGUUACAACGCCACAUGUUUACCCACACUGAGGAGAGACCUUAUAAAUGUGACCUGUGUGAGAAGACUUUUAAAUCUCCACAUUACCUGAGAAAACACCAACAGAUCCACACCAGAAAGAGACUCACCAAGCGCACUUAUUGUGAGGACCAACAUGGAGCGAGAAGUCAGCGCUCUCAGGAGGCCGACAAACCUCACAGAAGAAAGAGAGAGAAAACAUACACCUGUGACGAGUGUGGGAAGGGUUUUACUCUGAAGGCUAAUCUAAAAAAACAUCAGGUCAUCCACACUGGAGAGAGACCGUUCAGCUGUGACUUGUGUGGAAAGACUUUUUCCUGGAAGGAUGCUCUAAAAAAACACCAGCUCAUCCACAGUGGAGUUAAAGCGUACAGCUGUGAUCAGUGUGGCAGAGCUUUUACUCACAGUGGCAACUUACAGAAGCAUCUAGUUACCCACUCUGGAAUUAAGGCAUACAGCUGUGACAUUUGUGGAAAAACCUUCGGUCAGAUAGGGAACCGAAAUGCACACCUACGCAUUCACACCGGACAUGAUGUGUACAGCUGUGAUCAGUGUGGCAAACAGUUUAUAACAGACAAACAGUUACAACGCCACAUGUUUACCCACACUGAGGAGAGACCUUAUAAAUGUGAUCUGUGUGAGAAGACUUUUAAAUCUCCACGUCACCUGAGACAACACCAACAGAUCCACACCAGAAAGAGACUCUACAAGUGCAGUUACUGUGAGAAGCAGAGCGACACAGAUGGAUCCAGUUCUCAACCCUGUCAUCACUGUGGUGGUGGGAAAGUGACCUUUGUGGAAAAACUUUCAGUCGAAAAGACAGCCUAAAAAGACAUCAAUGUAAACACACUGGAGACAAACUGAAAAACUGCAAAGAAUGUGGGAGAAGCUUCCCCACAAUAACGGAUAAAAACGGGGUUAAAAAGUACGUCUGUGAUCAGUGUGGGUCAUCUUUCAUUACUGCAAGUAGGCUUAAAACACACAAACGAGUCCACACAGGAGAGAAACCAUACAAGUGCAGACACUGUGACAAAAGCUUCUCACAAUCAGGUCAU